AUGGGCGCGCAGGGCGCGUGGCCGCGGGAGGCGCCGGCGCUGCUGAGCACGGCGCUGCUUCUGGGCGGCGCGCUGCCGGAGCGGCCGGCGGCGCCGCUUUUCACCAUCGAUAGCAUCCUGGCGCCGCGGCCGCCGCCCGCAGUACCUUCCGCCGUGCCACCGCUGCAACUCCACCACCUCGCCCACACGCCCUUUCACAGAGCACAUGACCUUUUCGGGGUGAACAGUGUGGGCGGCGGCGGCACGGGCUAUGCGGGCCUGUACGGCGGUUAUGCGGCGGCAGCGCUGGCAGGGCUAGCCGGACCACCGCCCAAGCGCAAGCGACGCCACCGCACCAUCUUCACGGAGGAGCAGCUCGAGCAGCUUGAGAGUACCUUCGACAAAACGCACUACCCUGACGUCGUGCUGCGGGAACAACUCGCGCUGCGCGUCGACCUCAAAGAGGAGCGAGUUGAGGUGUGGUUCAAGAACCGUCGGGCGAAAUGGAGGAAACAGAAACGGGAGGAGCAGGAAAGGUUGAGGAAAAUGCAGGAGGAGCGGGCUUGCGGUAGGACACCGCUCCUGGCGCGGCCGCCGCCCGCCCGCUCCCCGCACUCGCCGCACUCCCCGCACACGCCAGGCGCGCACUCGCAUCCCGGCAGAAGUUACACUGAUGACUCCGACUCUGAGGUAGAGGUGGCUUAA